UCCUUGCUGCGAAGCUCUGUCUGCUCAGAGAGAGAGUGAGAGAAGUGAGCAAGUCGAGGUGGAGAAUACUGGAAGAAGCGGGCGGGAGCGCUCUCAGUGCCUCGCAACCAGGCCGGACCUCUCGUCAAUAAUUAAAUCCUAUUGAACGAUAGACCCUUGGGUUCCGGCCGGUAGAGAAACCGUUUUCCCGCCCCUCAAAAGUAGUGGCUGCGGAUUAUCGCUCCCUCUGAUUCUGAGCUCUUUUCAUUGCACGGUAAAAGAAAAGAAAAAGUGUCUUUGCCGUUCAGUUUUUUCCUUGGAUCUUUCUUUCUCUGCGUUCUUAGGGAAAGCUGCUUCCUGACUUGUCCGCUAGCAGGUGCUACCGCGGGUGAGUUCACAGUCCACUAGCGGCUGGUCCCGACGGUAACGAGCUGAUGUAAUAAAACCCAUGCCUGGAGUUUGUGCUGAGAGGAACAAAUAACAAGACAAAUAAUCUAGAAUGGCAAAUUCAAAGUUAGAAACAAGUGCCAAAGCACGUGAUGCUAUUUCGGAGUCAGAUGUAUCAGAAGUUUAUGAGGACAUAUCUCUUGAUUUUGCAGAUGCGAUAGACAAGCCCGAUGAAGCCAUUGGAGGUAAAGACACUCAUGAAAUGAGGAUUGAACAGAAUGAUGAUAUAAAAGAAGACUUCUCAAGUGAUGGGGAAAAGGGCACAAAAGAGAAACAUCUUGUUAAUAAGAAUAAUGGAACAAGCAAAGAAGAUGAGUCUGACUGUGAGCCAGGGCGAGAUUCAGUAUCAUCAUAUGAAGGAGGAAAUGUGGCUGUCAAAGAACGCCCUGCUGAAAAAAGCACAAAGUCCUAUAUGAAGCCAAUUAGAAAUCUUGCUCAAGAAGGGGGUUCCCGUGCAUCAAGGACAUUUUCUGAUCAACAGGAACUUAAUAAAUCCAAACCUAGAUCUGUGAGGGGUACUCCAAGAAAUGCUUCAAAAAGCAUAAGAGGAGGUUCAGGUGCAAAGUCAAAACCUCAUGCAGAUAAUAGGCCAAAGAAUACAAAGUCUUCAACCAAAUCUUCUUCAGAACAGUCGGGAUCUGAUGACAGACCUUCUGAGGAAGUAAAGGAAACAGAUCUUCUUGAAGAUGAACCGAAUGGUACUGCAAGUAUUGGAACAGAUGAUGAGGCUAACGAUGUGGAAGACCAUGCCUUGGAUGAGAAUAAAGUUAUAUGCACUGCUAAUCAUGUCCAGAAGAUUGAAGAAAUGGAAGUGAAGAUGGAAAAGCUUGAGGAGGAACUGAGAGAAACUGCUCUGCUAGAAGUUGCCCUCUAUUCUGUUGUUGCAGAGCAUGGCAGUUCAGCACAUAAGGUGCACGCUCCUGCGAGACGUUUGUCCAGGAUGUAUAUCCAUGCUUGCAAGCAUUGGAGUGCAGAGAGUAAAGGUACUGUUGCCAAAAGUGCAGUUUCAGGGCUUGUUUUGAUUGCAAAGGCCUGUGGCAAUGAUGUCCCCAGGUUGACCUUUUGGUUGUCAAACACUGUGGUUCUUAGGGAGAUUAUUUGUCAAGCUUUUGGUAGCUCAUAUAUUUCAACUCUAGCUGGACGAUAUAUUGAAGCAAAUGGUGGUCUGAAAAAGUCAUCACCUUUGAGUUGGAAAGGGAACAAUAGACAAGGGAAAAAGCUCAGCUUCUCGCAGUUUGUGGACGAUUGGCAAGAGACUGGCACAUUUAUAUCUGCCCUAGAAAAGAUUGAAGCCUGGAUAUUUUCACGAAUUAUUGAGUCAGUGUGGUGGCAGACCUUAACACCACACAUGCAGCUUCUGCCUCAGAGAUCAAACAGUGGAAAAGAGUUCACAAAGCUGCAGGGUCCUGCACUCGGAGAUCAACAGCAGGGUAGCUUUUCUAUAGAGCUGUGGGAGCAGGCUUUCUUUGAUGCCUCUCAAAGGCUGUGUCCUGUUCGAGCUGGGGGCCAUGAAUGUGGCUGCUUGCCUGUCUUGGCAAGAAUGGUUAUGGAACAAUGUGUAGCCAGGUUAGAUGUUGCUAUGUUCAAUGCAAUUUUGCGUCAAUCAGAGAAUGAGAUUCCAACUGAUCCAGUUUCUGAUCCUAUCACCAAUUCUGAUGUUCUGCCAAUUCCAGCUGGAGACUUGAGUUUCGGUUCUGGUGCACAACUGAAAAAUGCUGUGGGGCAUUGGUCUAGAUGGCUGACAGACCUAUUUGGCAUGGAUGCUGGUGACUCUGACAAAGAUGCAAUCAGUGAAAAUGAUGAUGACAGAAAAGACAGUAAUGAAGCAUCAAAAUGUUUCCCGCUCCUCAAUGCCUUGAGUGAUCUUUUGAUGCUUCCUAAGGAUAUGCUUAUGGAUAAAGCUAUCAGGAAAGAGGUCUGUCCGAUGUUUGGACUAUCCCUGUUGAAGCGUAUACUCUGCAACUUUACUCCUGAUGAGUUUUGUCCUGAUCCUGUCCCGGGGAUUCUUUUGGAAGUGUUGAAUUCUGAGAGUAUUGUGGAUAGACGAUCUUCAGAUAAGGACUUGAUCAGCCUCUUCCCAUGCACUGCUGCUCCUGUGGUAUACCGGCCACCUCCAUCUUCUUGCAUAGCAGAAAAAGCAGCAGAUGUAGUCAUGCAAGUGCCAAUGGCGAGAAGUGCAUCUAUGAUCCAAAGGAAAGGGCACACUAGUGAUGAAGAGCUGGAGGAGUUGGACGAUCCGCUAGCCUGCAUAAUAGAGAAUGUGCCACGUUCCCCAUCUGUCAGCAAUGGUAAACAAAACGGUGUCACCCCUAAUAACAGCAUGUUCAAGCGGUAUGAUCUGUUGCGGCAAGUUUGGUCUGCUGGUGUUUGAGUGUUCUAGGUGCCAUUGCAUAUUCUUUUGUGUACAAAGAGAAAAGGUAAGGAAUCUCCAUUUGAGCGAAUUAGGGGUACUUUUUACUUGUAAAUCAUGUCAUAUGUAUUUAAACAGUGUUUGAGACUUUGAUUCUUUGUUCAGGCAUUAUUGAUUUGUCAGAGAUAAAUCGUAUUGCAA